AUGGAUAAAUCUUCAAAAAAGCAUAAUCAUAAUAAAUUUGGAGAUACUGAUAAGAACAAUAAAAUGAGAAAUGUACAAAAUGGUUUCCAUGAAUCUGGAUCUGAUAGUGAAAUAUAUGAGGAUGUACAGCGUGACGUGAAUCGAUCAUAUAAAAAUCAUCGGGGACCGCCUGCAAAGCCUGAAACUGAAGACGAGGAGGAAGCAGAAGAAGUUAUUGAAAUCGAUUCAGAAGAUAGCCGUGAUGGAUACAGAAACAACAAUAAUGAAGAAUCAUCACCAGAUCGACAACGAGCUUAUGAACAAAACAACAACAAUGAAUCGGAACGAGAAAGUACUUCAAGUGAUGUCGUUAUCGUGUCUGAUGAUUUUCAGAGGUUCUAUGAAGACAUUGAGCAAUCAUCUAAGAUAGUGUCAACAGUGCAAUUAAAUCCAGAAGAUAAGGUCAACAAGAAUGACUUUAAAAUCCUUAAAUUACUCGGAACUGGCGCUUAUGGAAAAGUGUUUCUAGUUGAGAAAAUCGGUGGCGUUGAUAAUGGACAACUUUAUGCUAUGAAGGUUCUAGAAAAAAGCAAAGUUACACUAAAGAAAAAGACCACAGAACACACGAGGACUGAGCGUGAAGUAUUGGAAAAAGUGAUUGACUGUCCGUUCCUUGCAACUUUAUUUUAUGCAUUCCAAACACCGGAAAAGUUGUAUUUAGUCAUGGAAUUCGUUCAAGGCGGCGAGCUAUUCUCGCAUCUCUACAAGACGGAAAAUUUUGCCGAAUCACAAGUCCGAUUUUAUAUUGCUGAAAUUAUUGUGGCACUAGAACAAUUGCAUGAGUACAACAUAAUUUAUAGAGAUAUCAAAUUGGAGAAUAUAUUGUUAGACAAGGAAGGACACAUAAUUAUAACAGAUUUUGGUCUUUCGAAGGAGCUUAAGGAUGGCGCACGAGCUUAUAGCUAUUGCGGAACAAUAGAAUACAUGGCUCCAGAAAUUGUCAAUCCAAAUUGUGGUCACGACUUGAAUGUUGAUUGGUGGAGUGUAGGAGUCUUGAUAAUUGAAUUGCUUACUGGACAGUCUCCAUUCUCACGUGAAGGCGAAGAAAGCAAUCAACAAGUCAUUUCCGAACGUAUUCAAAACAGUCCACCAACUAUUCCUGAAAUUAUUGGACCAGAAGCUAAAGAUUUAAUACUUAAGUUGUUGGAGAAAGAUCCAAGGAAGCGAUUAGGCUCAAAGAAAGGUGCUCAAGAGAUCAAGAAUCAUCCCUUUUUCAGGAAAAUCAAAUGGAAUGUACUAAAAAAUAAACAAUAUGAAGCACUGAUGGUUCCAACACUAAAGGAUCGUUAUGAUGUUAGUCAAUUCUCUGAAGAUUUUACAAAUCAAAAAGCCAUAGACGGUCCAGCUGAAAACGGACCGCCAGUCGGGCCUCGUGCAACUCGCUACUUUAGAGGUUAUUCAUUUGUUGCUCCUCAUUUGCGAAAAAGCGUUUAUAUGCUAGAUUUAAAUAUUGCAAGCAAGCCAGAGAUGAAUCAGCCAACUUUAGAAGAUGUUUACAGCAUGCAGCGCAGGUCAAAAUCUCCAUUUUUCAAAAAGUAUCGUAUACAAGAAGAUUCGGAGCUGCUGGGUGAUGGAACGUAUUCGCUUUGUGUUAAAUGCUUUUCAAUUGAAGACGGUCAGGAAUAUGCAGUAAAGAUAGUUAAGCUGGAUCACGAUUCAUCGCAGGAAUUUGAGGCAUUAGAAAUGUGUCAAGGACAUAAGAAUGUUGUCAAGCUGAUUGAGAAAAUAAGUGACAAGAAAUUUACUUAUAUUGUCUGUGAGCUUCUUGAUGGCGGUGAAUUAUUCAAUCGAAUUCGUCAUAAUGGAUAUUUAUCGGAAACGCUUGCACGACUUUAUUUCAAACAGAUUGUUGACGUUGUCUCAUUUAUGCACUCAAAAUCGAUUGUUCAUCGUGACUUGAAGCCCGAAAACUUUGUUUUUGUUAAUGAUGAUCCUGAAUCUGACUUAAAACUUCUUGAUUUUGGAUUUGCAUGCCAUGAAACGACAGAUGAGACUCCACCGUGCUUUACAUUGGAUUAUGCAGCUCCAGAAAGUUUAAUUCGAAGUCCUACAAAAUCUUCGCGAGAUUUGUGGGCACUUGGAGUGAUUUUAUAUACAAUGUUGUGUGGAAAUACGCCAUUUAAGCCAACAAAUAAGGACCAAGAUGAACGAAAUUACAGAAUGCAAUAUACUGAGAAUAUACGUAGAGCAUUCUACAAUAUAAGCAAUGAACGUUGGAGUCAUAUUUCACGUCAGGUAAAAGAUCUUAUUGCAAGUUUAUUGGUCGUCAAUGAAUCAAAUAGAUUGACAUUAAAAGAAUUAAAAGAUCAUCCGUGGAUGAAUCCAGUAGAGAAAUUUAAGCCAAGUGAAAAAGAUCCAACAAAAAUAUUUCAUCGUGCUGAAUCUGAAGAUACAGUCAUUAAUGAUGAUAUUGAUGACGAUGACUAUAACGAUGACUAUAAUAAUGUAACAGUUAAAAUUAAUAAUGAUGAUGAAAUCACUCAAUUGCCUGAAAAUCGUGAAGAGACACGAUCAAAUGAUGACAGUAGUAGUGGAAUUGUCAUGUCCGAACGAAAUGAAGGAUCAUCGUCAGUAAGUAGUCAUCACGAGGAAUUGGACGAAAAUGUCGUUCAAGUAUUUGAUGAGUAUAAGCCAACAGAAAAAGAAGAAAAAGUGAUGCAGGAAAAUCACAAUGAAUUUAUUGCAGUGCAAGAAGAACCAGAAAACCUUAGCAUGAAGGAAGAAGUUAUGCCUGAAAACAGUGAGGUUGACAAUGAAAAUAAAGAAAUGCCAAUUGACACGAAUGAAUCAUCAGAAUCUAUCAAAAAAUCUAAAUCUAUUAAGAGAACUAUUCCAAAGCACAGAAAGAAGAAAAUCACCAAGAAAAAGACUGAUUGUGAGACAGAAACAGGAAUGGAGAAGGUUAUUGUUACGACGGCGUCAAUUGAUGAUAAUAAAAGUGCUGGGAAUAAGGUCGAAAAUAAAGAGGAAGAGAUAAAAAUACAAAAGUUAGAAGAAUCGCCACUUCCGAGACAUAUUUCAGGUGAUAUUGAGGAGAAGUUUACAGGAUAUGAUGACAAUUUAGUUGAUGGAUAUCCAAAUAUUGGUUUUAUGGAUCAAAAGGAAGAUGUAACCUUAAUAUUGUUUGGUAAUUUGUUUAGUAAGUGUAAUGAAAAGUCACUUCAAGAAAAUCCUAAAGUAUUACAAGUGAUAAAGCCACCAAAUAAACGUGGUCGAAGAAAACUAUCUGGUCCAUCAGUUAAAUCCGUACAAAGCACCACAAAAAAUAAUGCAAGACUAUUAAGUGCUAAAACAGAGCCAGCAAAGAAACGAGGCAGAAAACCUAAGGACGAUAUUAAUUGUGUUAUUCAGACACAGACGUUAGUUGAUAUCAAUACAAGUAAUAAUGAAUCAGAUAGAAGAACAAGAUUACGACGAAAAUGUGCAGACGAUAAAGUCAUUAGAUAUGAUCAAGUCAUUAUUAAUGUUGAGAGUUAUCCACAACAAAAACGUGCACGAAAGAAAACUGCUGAAAAUGUCAAGCCAAUGAUUGCUGUUAUUAAGGAAGAAGCUGUUUUACCGACUAAACGAGGUCGUAAGCGUAAGAAUGAAGGCAUGACUGAACAAAAGCGAUCACCACAGAAGCGACGAAAGAUUCAGGAAAAUAAAAUUAUUAAUAUUAAAGCUGAAAAGAAUCCACGACCAAAUAUCAAUGAGUACACAAUUCCUACCUAUCCUUCAUAUGCUAUUCAGACGCCACAAUUUACAAGACGACCUUUUAUUAAAACAGAAUCAAUUUUUACGCCAUCAGUCGUGAUACAUCAUCAAGAUCAAAACUAUUCAGGACGUUCCUACAACAUAUCAGAAUAUGUCGAUAAUAAGAAUCGACACUCGAUGAUUCAAUGCACGAUUAAGACACCAAUCAGUUGUGGCAUAAAGAAUGAAAAGUUUGAAAAGUCGCCAAUUAAGCAGUAUGGUGUGAUUCCUAGCAGGAGAAUGCCAAGGAAACAUUAA